AUGGAAAAGAAGAACCUAUCCAACUUGGAGGAAUUUAUUCUCCUGGGAUUCCCAGGGACACAGGGUUUGCAGAUAUCCCUCUUCCUGCUGUUCUUUGUCAUGUACGUGCUCACUGUAAUGGGCAACAUGGCCAUCAUCACCUUGGUCUGGACCCAUCAGCGCCUGCAGACCCCCAUGUACUUUUUUCUCUGUAAUCUCUCCUUCCUGGAGAUCUGGUUCACCACAGCCUGUGUCCCUAAGACCCUGGCUAAUUUUGCAUCUCAGAGCAAAGUCAUCUCCUUCAUCAGUUGUGCCACACAAAUGUAUUUUGUCUUCUCCCUGGGAUGCACUGAGUAUUUUCUUCUGGCUGUGAUGGCAUAUGACCGCUAUCUGGCCAUCUGCUACCCUCUGAGAUACAGCACCAUCAUGACCCACUCUGUCUCAGCCCGUCUCGCCUUGGGUUCCUGGGUGUGUGGCUUCUCAGCCAUCACUGUGCCCACCGUCCUCAUCACUCGCCUCUCCUUUUGUGCCUCCAAUGUCAUCAACCACUUCUUCUGUGACAUUGCCCCAUGGAUUGUGUUAUCCUGCACGGACACUCGGGUGGUAGAACUGGUGUCUUUUGGCAUUGCUUUCUGUGUCAUCUUGGGCUCUUGCAUCAUCACCUUGGUCUCCUAUAUCUACAUCAUCUCCACCAUUGUGAGGAUCCCAUCAGCCCAGGGACGACACAAGGCCUUUUCCACGUGCUCCUCCCAUCUCACUGUGGUUCUCAUCUGGUAUGGUUCUACCAUUUUCUUGCAUGUGAGAACCUCUGUUGAGAGUUCCCUGGACUUGACCAAGGCCAUUACAGUUUUGAACACCAUUGUAACCCCUGUACUCAACCCCUUUAUAUACACUCUUAGGAACAAAGAUGUGAAGGAAGCCUUGAGGAAGACAGUCAGUGGGAAGUGA